AUGGUGGAAAAUAUCUACUUGGUGCAAGAACUGAUUAGAGGCUACAAAAGGAAAAGGAUAUCCCCUAGAUGUUUACUGAAAAUUGAUCUGAAAAAGGCGUAUGACUCUAUCUCUUGGUCCUUCUUGAGGGACAAGAUGGUGAACUUAAAUUUUCCUGAUCAAAUGAUUGUUUGGGUCAUGGAGUGUGUCACAACUACUUCCUUCUCUAUUUCACUUAAUGGGAGAUUAAAUGGAUUUUUCAAAGGCAGGAAGGGGCUUAGGCAGGGUGACCCUCUGUCUCCUUUGCUCUUUGUUAUAUGUCUGGAGUACCUAUCUAGGCUCCUAAAGUCCCUGGAGGACAAAUUCAGAUUCAAGUUCCACCCCAAAUGUGAAGAACUAAAGAUCACCCACCUGGUUUUCGCUGAUGACCUUAUGUUCUCAAAGGGUGAUGCUAUUUCAGUAAAAUUUCUUAUGGAUUGUCUGAAUGAGUUCUCUCAGUGCUCUAGACUUACAGCUAACAAUCUGAAAUCCAACCUUUAUCAGUCUGGUAUGAAGCCAUAG